AUGUCAAUCUGCCCUCUCACGAGUUUCUUGCCCGCGUGGGAAGCAUGGUGCGACCUCGGGCAACUUGCUCUGCCUUCGAACAACCUGCUGAGAGCGCGAAGCCAUCAUAUUCCGCGCCCGGCAUUCCCCUUGUUCCCUGACCCCGCCCUCGCGCGGCGCAAGAACCCUGGCUGCGGCGGCGGCGGCGGCGCCAGGCCGCCCGUGAUGCACCUGAGCGUCGCCGCCGCCGCCGCCCUCGCCGCGGGCGGAACGCUCGCUCCGGGGUUGGCCCAGCGGUGGCGACGGGGGUGGCGGAGGGGGCGCGACGGCGCGGCAGCGGUGGCGGCGGCGGUGGCGGCGCCGCGAGAAGCCGGACAGUUCGUCCGCGGCUCUCGCAGCGCGCGCGUGCUGCUCCGCUCCGCUCUGCUUCGCUUCGCGCAGCCGCCGCUGCCACCGCCGCCGCCGCCGCCGCCUCCAUCGCACCGUUCACCCCGUGCGCCUAGCACAGCCCGUGACUGCUUAGCGGCAGUAUUCCGUAAAGAACACAAACAGAAUCGCCAAGCUGUCUUGCGUCCUGUAAAACUAAGGGUAAAACUAAGUGACAUUUACCACUCCACUUUUGAGUCUCGUAUAACGGCCGGCCGUGACCCAAAGAGCUUCGCGCCCGACGCGACGCAGGGCGAGCGAGGGCAGCGCGUCGGCCUUGGGCGGGCGGGCGAGCGAGCCUGGGCCGUGCCGGGCGCGGCGGCGGCCGGGAGUCGGGAGGCGAGGCGAGGCGAGGCCAGGCCCAGCAGCAACAGCCGCCGCCACCUGUUGCGCGCCCCGCCCGGGCCUGCCGCCGGGGCUGCGGUGGAGGCGGCUCGUCGCCCGGGCCCACCGCUGCCGCCGCCGCCGCCGCCGCCGCCAUCGCUCGCCAGGCCGCUUUUUGACAUGCCCAACAGCGCUCUUUUGUGCAUUACCGGCAACAGCUGGCACAAAUACGCGUGUUCCGCCGUCCAGCCUGAUGCAAAGCGGAUUGAUUUACCGGCGCGCGGCUACCGGUUCGCGCCUUUGAGUGGCGGCGGCAGCGUACAGGAAGGAAGCCGUCGCUCCUCCAGCCGGGCGGCCGUGUUUAUUGCCGCCGGUUCAAGGCCGCGCGGCGGCGGCGGCGGUGAACAGCUGCGAGGCGUGGCGUGGCGUGGGGGCGGGGUGGGGCACACGCCCGGCGCGUGGGCCGGUGCUGCGCUCCCACGCCCGGGUAUUUUGGGCGACGGCGGCGGCGGCACGGCGUUGGUGGCGACGGAGGCGGUGGCGGAGGGGAUGGUGGUGCUGUGGCGAUCAUUAAAAAAAACAACUAUUAAUCAUUGUUCGACAUAA